AGGUCCGAGGGCGCAUCGUCCUGCUGUGCGACUGGGCCGGGGGCCAGCUCGGGAUCCCGUGGGCCGGGAAGGGCAUGCGCAUCCAGGACCAGUACUGGCAGAGGACGGGCACCGGCAAGUGGCAGAUCGCUCGCCAGCACCUCGUUGCGGCCGUGCCCCGCGACGACGCGCUGCACGUGCACUUCACCAGCGCCACCGCGCUCCCGCGGAAGGUUCCCAUGACCAUCGCCAGCAGCGUGAACCCAAAGCUGUCGAGCUACCUGCGGGCAGCACCUGGAGCCGCGCGAUUCCUCGGCAUCAUAGUCAUGGACUUCCCGUCCCCGGCCCUGUGCGGGCUGGUGCUCCGACGGAACGGUCAGGGCCUGGACCCCUGCCGUGCCGUGCGGCAAGACGCCGUCGACAGGGCUGUGGCUGUCGAGUACAUCGACAAUCUCCAGUGCGAGUUGAUGUGCGCAUCCGCGCGGGCCGACCAUGCCGUCGAGAACGCGAGGGAGGACACCCAGAGCCACGUACACCGCCUGGCGUAUGUUUACUGCAGGCUUGUGGUCGAGCACGCUGUGGCCGAUGCCAGCAUGAGCGCCACGGACGAUAUGCGGGCUCCCGCCCAUCCUGCAGGUGUCUGGGCGCGGUGGGUCAGGGUUCCAGAAGCC